CGUCAACAAAUGUUUGUCGCCUUGCAGAUGUGCAGACGCUCAGAGAGGGACCUUGCUAGCCUAGUCUGGACGCAACUGCUCGACAAGACCAUUGGCAGGUAUGGCGAAGAAGCCACCCCACUCGCCCCCAAUGCACCCGCUUGGUCUCUGCCAGUGCUGCCCUUCCCUGAUGGUUUUUGCUUUUCAAAAGGGUGGGGGCGGAAACAGGGUUGGGAAUGGCGUUUUUCAGUGGGUAAGGCUUUGCUCCGUUCCGAGUCCCACCUUUUCGUCUCUUCUUUUUCUUUCCUGUGAUAGAGGAAGGCAGGAAUUUGAAUUUUUAAUUUGAAUUUUUAGCUGUGUUUAUGUGCGUGCAUGCCCACAAUUUGAACUCAGCUUCAAGCAGCAAAAAGUCUCAGGCCAGCACUGCGUUCCCCGCAGGACAGCCUGUGGAGCCCUGGCAAGGGUCUUCUGCAAUUUAGCAGCUGGGUGGCAGGUAGAAAUUCAACAGGUGUAGUAUGCUGCCUUCAUGCCAGAGGAGGGGAGCUUGUACCCACUGCAACCAAGAGCACAGAAGCUCUGCCAGAAAGGAUGUUUCAGCCACAGAUAAAUCUAAUGGGGCUAAUAAAGUUAUCCAGUCUUCCUCUCCCCGCUGCUCCCCAGCUGCCCUCAUGCAUUAUGAAAGCUGAAAUAGGCUCCUGUUUUCACCUGUGGGGGCUGGUCAUUGCCUCUUAGCCUAACCUACCUAACAAGGAUGUUGUGGGGAUUAAAUGACGAGGUGGGAAACCAUGCACACCACAUUCAGCUUGUAGAAAAGGUGGAAUAUAGAAUAAUAAUACUGAUAAUAGUAUUAGGUCAUAAAGAGAUACAUUCUGUUGUUUAUGAAUUACAAACUGAAUUAAUAGUAGAACAGAACUUUAUCCUUUAUGGCAGGAUAUAACUAAUAUAUUAAUAUAUAAUAUGAACAAUAGGCCAAGGAGAUAGACAGGUCACCGACAGUCAAUGUUAGUUUUAAUUUGCAGCUAUACAUAUACCAGCUAUACAUAUACAUUUACACAUGCAAAAUCCUCAUAAAUCUAUGCCAUCUUUUGUUUGCUUUCUGGGCCACGCAAAUGACAGAUGCCCGGCCUUGCCUGGUGGCGGCGCCAGCCGUGAGUUGAAAAUGGAGAGCUGACAGCUGUCUAGAAACGAUAAGAUUGCCACAUGAUGAGGAAGGCCUGUUGAAACAUGGCAAGUCCAGCGUCUCAGCCGGAUUCUGCACGCCUGGCCACAUUCUAGGAUUCACCACCUGCACCCUUUUAAUAUGUUGAGCUGCAGGUUGCGAAUGCUAAUUAUAUGUAUUUAAAAUAUUUCACCCCUCUGGGCACCUGGUGCAGCUGCUUCCCUGCAUUUCCACAGACCAGGUUACAGCAGGGAAUCAAGCCCUCGGACCACCUUGAUACCACCUAAAUAGGGCCGUGUCCCCAAGCGCUGUAGAAAUCCUCGGUCCAGAUCCUCGGUCAGUUGCUGCGUGGGGCAAGUGAUCUCUCUGGAAGCCAGUGGAGACAGGCAUCGCCAUCCUUGUUGAUGCAUGAAAGGGAAAGCUCAUCUCCACCCAAACUCUGUCACAUGGGCAGAGGCCAUAACGAAACCCUUGCAACUGGAAAAACAUGAUGGUGGGGUUGAACUGUAGAGAUGGAGAGGAAUUCAUUCAUAACCAAUUAGGUAGAAAUUCAAACACAUCAGAUUUGCGUUUUCCAAACCAAUGAACCAAACGCCAACUACCCUUUCAAACUAGCACUUCUCUGAUUUAAAAGCCUAUUUGAGGUAGCUGCUGGCUGCCCUCUUUUCUCAAUGCAUGCUCUUGGAUAUUUCUUUUUUCCCAUUUAUUUAUUUAUUAUUAAUGUUGCCAUACAUAUAUGAAAUCUUUACAUAAUGAUACAUAUACUUUAUAUUCGUAAAUUCACACUUUCACAUUUCAUUACGUACCAACAUUUAUCCAUUUCUUAUUUCUUGCCCUGUGUCUUCCCUCCACCCCUGCGUGACUUCCUUGUUAUUAUUUUGUAACUUUAUUAUUGAGAUUAUAAUUUUGUAUCUUAAUAAUUAAACAUUCAAUCUUAUAUAUCUGAUUAGCUUAACUUAACUUUGUGAAAUCAGUCUAUACAUAUCAAUAAAUUCUUGUUGGAGCAUCUUUUGGUCAUGUAUUCUUCUACACAUUUUCAUUCCUGAUUGAGAUUUUGAUUAGAUUGCAUUCUAAUUGUUGCUGUCAUUUUUGCUAAUUCAACCCAAUUAGCUCUUGGAUAUUUCUUUUACGUUUUGUCCUCAGGUUGCUGUUCCUUGUUGCUCCACUGCCUUCUGGAGUUCUGACACUAUGGAAACAAGAUCUCUUCUCAGGCAAAUAAUGGGCUACAGCAUGCCUUUUGGCUUCCUUAUCCUUUUGGCCGUGGCCACAAAUGGUGAGGAGAAUGCAACCACACAACCUCCAGACAAAUCUUUUUUUUUUUUUAAAUAAUUUUUAUUAACAGGCCAAUCACAUCACAUUAUCCAUAUCACAUUAAUUCCAAAUUAUACAGCCAAAUUUUACAUUUUGUUGGGGGUACCCAUACAUCAAGCUCCACACGAGUCCAAAACAGCAUCACUUAUCUUACUGCUUUAAUUAGACAGUUCUGUCCAGUUUGAUCCGGAUAGUCCUUUAUUACUUCCUUUCUCUUCUUGUUGUUAUCAUAAAUUCCUUUCUUUGCGAUCUCCGAUGAUUUUCACAAGCAGGUUAAAAGCUCCACCCCCCCCUUCAUUCCAAACAUACCGUCUCCUUGUGGUAAUUCAUCAGAAGAUUUACUUAUCCGUCCGUCACUCCUGGUCGCAGAGAUCCAUUAAUCAGCAGUCUUAUCAGUCGAGCUUUACUUGAUGUAUGUGCUUUCAGCUUCAUUUCCAAUUAUAUGUUUCCAAUUAUAAUUCCAAGCUGAAGCAACCAGCACGCGCUGAUUGGAAUCGGCGUCAGGAAGAUCUGACUUCACCGGUGGCCUGUGCCAAGUGUUCGGCACCCCCAUCUCUCGUUUCAGGGGGUGCAUUGUGAACACCGCUGGCAGGACAGUGCCCCCCCACAUCCUGAGGGGGAUUAGGAAGGCUGCAUACUUCCCAUAGCAGCCCCUUAGUACCUCGUAUGGGUCAGAGAGAUGUUAUUGUCGGCCAUCUUCCAACGCACCACCUGGUGGCCCCCCAGACUAAUCUUUGCCUCAUCCCACUGUUGCAGCUAACAAAUCGUCUCAAAAUGCAACCGCUUCGGAGACAAUUCAUACGUCCAGAGAAAGUAGAAAGAACAAAACCUCUGGAGAAAUGUAUCCUGCUGCCUUGAAGCCUCUUUCCAAAGAAUUGACUGCAGAUGCAAAAUGGCCUCUGAAUGCAACCAUCAGCACCACUGAGAGGUCACCCGGCAAAAAACCAAGCGCAAAACCAGGACAGGCUAAGGGAGAAGGAGAAAUGAGGGCAUCGCCUAAGUCAGAUGAGAGGAAUUCAACCCAAACCCAUGGUAACAGGGGCUGUGGGGCUGGCUGCCGACCAUCAACUACCACACCAGCUGCAAGAGCUGGAUCUGGUGGUCUGACAGCAAACCUUGGAAUCAUCAUGGCAGUGGUCCUCUCUCUCCUGCUCUGCUUCUGACCCUUGUCUGACCCCCUUGGUUGACGUGGGGCUUCCAAACCAUGAAGUCCACUCACUCAGGGAUGUGGUAGGAUUGUAGUAAUGCUGAAAAUACGCCCUGGGACAUCUCCUCCGCUUCCAAACACCUAAGACCCAAAUAUAGUGUGUGUUUGUGUGAAAUAAAUUCUAUAUUUUUUGAAAGAAUCGCUCUGAGAUCAGCCCUUUAAGCUCUCAGACUGUGUUACAGUGGUGAGACUGUACUACUCCUCUAUUACCUUCCUCUCACCUCAAGAGUUUCGUAUGUACACCAGCGCAUCCUUGAAGACCUAGAUUAAUCCGUCUAACUUUGCAGUUUAACCACCCAGCCGUUCCUGUGUUGGUCUUGCCUUAUCGACUCCUUUUGUUGUUCAACCGUUGCAGUUCAUGGGCCCUUAUCAGGCUGCCCCAGACAGGCAUCCCUUCUGUGACUUUCGUUUCUUCGUGCCCUGUGGCCUGAAACAAAACACUGCCAUGCCAGAACUGAGCAGGUGAAAAGCUUCCCUUUGUGCUUAUCUCGGUGCCUGGAGAAGCCUUUUGCUCUGCCACCCCUGCUGAGGCUCCAAAUGAGCUGGACAUCUCAUUUGGAAUCAACCAUGGGGAGGGGCAUUUUUUUCGAGACUGCAACAGGGGAGAAAAGGCUUAAAUUUGCCUUCCCAACACACCAUGCUGACAGGGUCCGCCAUGAGGCCCAAGUGGCGUAGCAGUUCAUCGUAAGAUUGUAGUGUUGGAAGGGACCCCGUGGGCCAUGUAGUCUGACCCGCUGCAAUGCAUGCAUCUCAACACACCGUCUCCCAUCCAAUUUGAAACCAUACUGGGCCCUGCUUAGCUUUGCAAAUGUGCUAGCAGUUUUCUUGCUGCACCACUAGGAGUGGGGUGUUUGUUCAGGGGCUGGGCACACAAGGCCCUGGGUCCAAUUCCUUGAAUCUCCAUGUUUUGGGCCACAAUUCAGGGGUAGCUGAGCAGGGAGUCCUAUGGGGGAGCGUAGUGGUUUGUCUAGGGUUUCCACCAGGGGUGCUUCCAAGCCUGGAGAUGCUGGGAAUUGAACCUGCAAAGCAGAGUGUUUGCUCUGCCACUGAGCUAUGGCCUUUCCAAGGUUCAGCUCCCUCUUCCAGCUCAAAUACAUAAUGGUGGCGCAGUGUUGAAGACCCUGGAGAGCCCAUACUGCACAGAGGGUGCAAGACUAGGCGAGGUGGGCCAGGGGCUCAGUGUGUGCUUAUUUUAAAAUAGCCUUGAAUUCUACUUCUGAAAGUGAAGCAUCUAUUUAUAUUGUCUUUAUAUUGUCUUCCCAAGAGUCGCUUGGGAAGAAACCAAGUCUUUAGUGUCAUCAGCUCAGUCCUGGGAAUACUCUGCCAACAGAGAUUCAGCAGGCACCUUCUGUUUCAGUUUUUGAAAGCUUGCCAAAAACUUUUCUAUUCAGUCAGGCUUAUGCAGGCAAUGAAGAAUGCAUCUUUUCAAAAUAGUUGGCUGAUUUCUGACAUGUGUGUGAUUAUUUAUAUGAUUGUUGAAAAUGACUGAUUUUUUAAAAUGAAUAGUGGAAUAUAUAGAUAGUAAAUACAAAUAUAUAAAUAUUUUAUGAUCAAUCAAAUGAAUAAAUAUUAUUUGGGGAGUGUAGAGGAUAUUGGGGAAGGAUUUUCCUGAUCAUUUGAGUUUGCUGUGUAAUCAUGGGAUUGCAUUUACUGUUCAAAGGAUUUUGACAUGUUGUACUUCCUGGUUUCCUCAGCUGUACUAUAAAAUAAAUAAAACAGUAUUGUAGAUGCUAAUUUUUUUAAAAAAAAUUCUUUCUUACCUGCACCGAUGAUAGUCAUUGUUUGGAUGGGAGGCUUUUAUCCAUUUCCACAGUCACACAAUCAAUCAAUCAAUCAAUCAAUCAAUAGCUGAACUGGGAUUCACACAGUCACAAAAACAAAUUAACUGAAAAAGCCUCAAAUAAAAAAAACGCAAAAUAAAUAGCAAAAGCACCAAAUAUAAGCUCCAAAUAUCACCUUAGAACACUGCAGUCGGAAAUGGAAGGCUUGAAUUACAAUUGGGGGGGACACAAAGUAGCAGCGCAACAGGAAACACACAGGGGGACACAAAACGGAGCACAUUUGGCUUCCAAAAAAAAGUUCGGAAACCAGAACACCUACUUCCGGUUUUGCAGUGUUUGGGUUCCAAGUUCUUCUUUAACUAAGCUGUUCGAAAACCAAGGUACCACUGUAUUAGACAAACUAGAACCAGGCUGCAGACAUGGGGCAGGCCAGAAAGGGACCCAGUCUAAUUACAAACUUAAUUCCACUUAUCUGGGAGUAAACUCCCUAGAGUGCAAUGCACUUUCCUUCUUAGAAGACCAGGUUAGUCUGGUAGUCCUACAUGCACAACACACAAGAUUUGCAUACAUCCGCCACAACACUGGUGAGUACAGAGACUGUGGAGGUAACAAAAACAAACACAAAAACAAAAACCAAGCAGUGGUUUUGCUGCUUGAAAUGGGCUUGUAGCACUUGGGCCAACCAUUUAAAACGGGGAUGGGGAUGCUGUGCUUCUCCCAAUGCUGUUGGACUCCAACUCCCAUCAGCUAGUCUGAUGCUCUAACCACUACACCACACUGACCCUCUCCAUUGUGGUUGCCCAAAGAUGGUGGAAGUGGAACCACCGAGAUAUUCUCAAGUCUGGAUGUUCUAGAGGAAGACUUAGAGAAGUACCACACCCACACACAUACCCCACCCAGUCCCACAGCAGUAAGGGGAAGAUGUGCAAAAGAAGAUAAGCGCUUGCCAGCUUCAGGGAGCCUGUGGUUGCCAUGCUGAUAUCUAGAUGACUAAAAGGGGACGUUACUGCCCUAGUCUGAGCAGGAUGAAAACCACCAUCCACUUGCACAGCCAGUCUGCUUGCCUGGCAGCCCAUCCAUCUUACUUUCCUCGGCCGUUCUGUGGUUGUGCCUUCCUCCGCUGUGGGUGCAGCAAGCGGAGCUGAGCAGGGGCUGAUCGUGCUUGCUUACUGGUGAGGCUAGUGCACUCUGCAUGAGCUCUGAGGCAUCCUUUCUUCACGUCGGCCGCCCUAGCAUUUUGUGUGGGAGGGUGGAUAACUUUGGUGGUCCUUGGUUCCAAGAGCCUCUCGGUCUCCCCACAUGUCCCAACGUGGGCAGGCCCCUCUCACACCCGCGAUGCAUUGCCAAGCUGACUACACCACUUCCUCUCGCUGUGUGCAUUUAACGGUUGCUUCUUCUUUUUCAGUAUUUCUCCACCGCCACCUCCUCCUCGGUUUCAUUCACUCCUUCCUGCCCGGCCAAACAGAAUAUUGGUGAGGCGAAGGCAAAGCUGAGGCCUGCCCCACAAGAACCUUCCCUCAACAGGUGGGACCAGCGUUGCGUGAAGCCUUCUUCCUAAGCAAAAGGUAGAGGGGAGCGGGAUGGUGGGGCAUUGGUCAUUUGGGAUAGAGCAAAAUUGCAAAGUAUCGUGUGGAAAUGGUUGUGGGGAAGGUGGGGUGGCAGCUGCGGAAAUGAGAGGUGCAUUGUUAAAGUGCGUUUGUUGUAUCGUCCACCUGGCAUCCCUCGAAGGAGUUCUGUUGGGCAUCUUCACAGAAACCUGUGAGGUAGGUUAGCGACUAGCCGAGGCGGGAUUUGAACCUGGCUCUAAAUCAAACACUUUGUCUGCUAAGUAGUCUGCCCCGAGCUGGGAUUAAGAGCUGAAAGAGCUGGAAGAACAGUGGAAAAGAGGCUGCUAUAUGCAGAAAAUCCAGCAUCUCGACCAAGUGGCAAAAUAGAGAAAUCUGCUUCAGGCAGGACCAUGAUAGAGAGAUGGGGAAAGGCAGGAAUUUGAAUUUUUGAAGUGCCGGCCCUAACAGAAGGGAGGUGGUACUUCUGGGGCUCAGCUUCAGGCGGCAAAAUGACUUGAGUUGGCACAGGAGUCUCCACAGGACUAAAUCAGGUUUCUGGUCCUGAUUUCAUCCUUAUAAUCUAGGCAGCUAUAUAGUUUUAUAGUCUCCAGCCACAUUUUCCUUCCUGGAUGCUGGAAGCAUUUCUUAAACUCUUCGCUGCUCAUGAAUAACACAUGCCGAAACGUGGAAAGUCAGUGAGCACCCUUUUUCUAUAGUGAUAAGUCACAGAUUCCAUGCUGCAUGGAUGAGUGAAAGUGCUGUGCAGCCCUCAAGUUUCCCCUACACCCACCUUCGAUUACGAUAUCUCACAGUAGAUUCAGAAGAGACGCAGUGGAGGAGACACAACGUGCACACGCUUGGCAUCUCCUGUCUGAGCUUCCUACGCAGGAACUGACAGAGGAUGGUCCAUUGUGGUGAGAUGUGGGGAAUCCCCCUCCCAAAAACUGCAGGAAAAGCACUCAGAGGACGAGUUUCUUUCAGGGCAGCCUCUCAUAGCACUUCUCUGGCCCCUCAAGGGAUGGGAUGAGGUAGAAAUUCAGAUUUUUUUGCAUUCUAAUGAGAAACUUCCUAAUCCACGCUUCUCAAGCCAAUGCACAAUUAAUUAUCCUUUGGAAUUUGCACCUCUCCAGAUUUUGCAGUGUAGAUCUCCAAACCGAGAGGGUGUGCAAAAAUGCAUAUGUUAGUGCUUCUCCAAUUUUCCACCUCCCACAUGAAUUGUUGAGGGUCUUGAUGAUUUUUUCCCCUGCCUGCUGUAGCAAUUGCAAUGCGCCGUGCUAGACACUGCAUGAUUUUGAAAUGCAUUUUUGUUGCUGCUUUUAUUUGUUAUACUGUAUUUGAUUGCACUUUAAAUUCCAUAGAAUUUGAUACGACUUCAGAGUGCAAGUGUCCUUUGCAGAGAUGGCACAGACCACCUGAAUGAAGCUUAUGGGCCACUGGUAAUCCGCAAACACAAUAUGGGAACCCUGUGUUAGGCACAAAAAUGCAUAUGUUAGGAAAGAUAAUGUAGAAAAAUCCAUUGCAUUAUAGGAAAUCGCUUACACAAAAAAAUGUGCCCAAUAGUCAAAACUGCAUACCUUUAAAAAAUAUGGGGGUUUUUUGGAGAGAAUUUUGCACUCAAAAAACAGAGGAAUUUUCAUGAGGAUUUUUUAAAAAACAGAUUGCAAUUUGCUGUGGAAAUGCAAAGAUGUUAGUUUAAGACUGGGAAACUGAGGAACUGAGAGAAACUGAAAUGGGCAGAUAUAUUCAUCCUUUAUCCUCAGGGUGGAGGAUAAGCUGCUCCAAGGAAUAUUAUACCAGGAUCUUCCCCUGACUUGGAGCCUGCCCUGUAGAGAGACAACAUGAAAUGGGUGUCCAAAUGGCACUGCAAUAUUUUUUUAGAGGGUUGGGCCUAGCAGGGAUGAGGCAAUGCUUCAGGCAGAGAACUGCCGUGGGCUGGAACAACCCUGAUCAUUCAGCGUUCUUUCUUUCUUACUUACUUAUAUUUUGUUGCUUCUAUUUCUUUUAAUUAUGGCAGUAUGAGAGAAACACUAGAAAGAGAAGCAGCAGGCUGUGGCAGGAAGAGGGAGCGGCCCUUUCCAUCCACCCGCCUUACACAACUGCCACCCGGCCCCUCCUCUCCCCAGGUUCUCACAGCGGUCAGCCAUUUUGUGGGGCGCACACAGUGAGGCCCCUUCCAUUGGCCUCCUUUGACCCAUUUUUGUUUUACGUUCCUUCCAUGAGACACAUUGUGGUUUCCUGCUGAAAGGCAGGAUAGAAAUAUAAUAAACGUACACAACAGAACAGUGUUGCAGCACACAAGCAGCAUUUCCACACAAUUAUCUCAUUAAGAGAAUGUCUCAACGUCAGACUAGGAUACCUAAAGGGCCGUCUCCUUUUGCCUGGCAGCUUGUUAAGAUGAAGGAAACGUUCGAGGGUGGAGGGUGGCAAAAUAUCAGGAGCCUCUGAGUUUACAGUAAUUCUCUAAUGGCCAUAAUUACUGUGGUGCCAAGGUGGUUGGCAGGGAUAUUUGGACUGGGCACAUGAGGGAAAUUCUUCAGCUGCAAGUGGCAGCAGGUAGGGCCUUGGGCAGUGCCAGUUUAAGGUUUCACAGCAGGCUUUGGCCAAGAUGGCCUCAGUAGGCUUCAGCUUCCACUGCGUCACCCAACUCCCUAGCAAUACCACUUGCCCUUGAAGUAUUCCCUCAAAUACUAUGUCAUGUGCUCUAUCGUAACUUUCCAGACUCCACCCUUGGAUGUUGCUUUCUGGAAAGCCUAGCCUGGGUCUUCCCUGUUGAUAUGGAAGAGCAACCAGGUUCCCAUGAGAGGAAACGGUCCUUUAUCUGAAGAAAUCUCCUCAUGGCCACCACCAGUUGCCAGCUUCCUAUUCAACAGGCACACACAUACACACAUAUUCCUAAUCCCAGCUCUGGGGCAUGGUGGAGGUGUCAGACGUUGAUAUUGCAUACCCCACAAGUGUCCCGGGGGAAAAUGGGGCAUCCUUUUUUUUUUAUCGCGAGAGAACAGUGGCCAUUUUGGUUGCUGUGAUCUUGCCUGAUUUUGCGGCGCAAUCCCCCCACCCCCGGAAAAGUGCUUUCUUUUGGGUGUGAUCUCACAUGGUAUCCCCAAGCACUUGUUUUUGGGUGCCUUGCCCAUUCUUUUUUUGGAGGGGGGAAACCAUGGCCAUGAUGUUCUCAUGAUAAAAAAUGGGAAAAUACAGCCCAGGAAGAUGGCGUCCUGGAUUUUGGCUUCAAGGUCUUGGAGGGUAUGGUAUGGCUGGGCAGGUGUCAUGGCCCAUUCCUGACCAGGGGACUAACCGCCAGCCCUGGCUGCCACCACCUUUUGCUAACCUUCACUGAGUGAGGGAGGAAAAUGUGACAAGUGAGCUGAAGGAGUUGCAGUCUCUGCUAGCCUCUCCCUCUGGGCGGGCAUGAGGACUGGGCCAUUUGCUUGCUCUCUUCCUCAGCAUCAAGGCAGCAUGGGAUUUCAGCAGGUUUUGGGUUGAUUGCUACCGUCCUUCUUAAAAUGGUAUCCUGCCUUUCUCUUAUUAUGAAACUCAAGGCAGUGUACAUGUAAGUCCUCAGCUGGUCUCCCAUCCAGGCACUGAUCAGCACUGAGCCUUCUUUGCAUCCAUAAGGGAGUAGACUCAUGUGCCUUUGGACCACAGCAAGAGCGGACUUUGCUCUUUCAAAUUUCAGUGGCAUCCUUUGCAGGGCCAAAAUUUGACAGCCCCACCUCUCGCCUUCCAUUCUGAUCUAUUUGCUAUAUCACACCUACACCGCUUCCUAUACUCAGCGCCCAGUGUGGCCAAAUCUGCCUCUGACAACACCCACUGGAUCGGGAAGGAAUGAUGGGUAUAUCUGCCCAUUUUCAGUUUACCUCCAUUUCUCAUAUCUUCAACUCUUCACUUUUCCACAUCAACUGACAAUUUUUUAAAAAGAGUCUAGGUGAAAAUUUCAGUGCUAAUUUCUCCUAAUAUACAUAUUUUUAUUUUUGUAUGCAAUUGUGCCGAGUCUACACAUUUUUGCAAAGCAAAUUCCCCCAGUAGAAUGCAUUUUUGUACAAUAUUUUCACCCACAUGUGCAUUUUUUUGUGCACACUUUGCUGCAUUUCUGUACACGUGACUCGGCUGGAGAACCGUGCUGCAAAAUUGGCGAACUGCAAAGGACGGCUACAUUUUGGUUCAUGUAUUGUUUCAGAAAGUGAAAGGCUCGCCUUGAAUGGUUCCUCCUGCCCCCUAGCUGCCCAUUAGUACCGGAGGGCGAGGUGGCGUUGUGAGCGGUUAGCUCUGCCGCUCGUACUACAGGCCACUUCCGUCAGCAAAAUGUGUUAUUCUUCCUGAGUGGAAAAUCCUGGGUGUGGCCUUGCUGGGUGGGGAGAUUUUGUCCCUCCGAACCAUUGAGUUGGGCAGCCUCACCGGCUAGGCCACAGCUUGGAUGUCCACCAGUCUGGAUGGCUGUAAAAGAAAAUUAGACCUUUUCAUGGAGGCAAGGCUAUCAAUGACUAGCUAUGGUGGUGACUCUGUUCUGCCUCUGCUGCUGGAGGCAGUAAUACUGCUGGAUACCAGUUCCUGGAAACCACAGGAGGGUUGCACUCUGGCUGCGUGUGAGAACAGAUGCUGGAUUAGAUGGGCCACUGGCCUGAUACAGCAGGCUCUUGCCACAAAAGAGCUCAGGCAUGAUAUAACUCUGAAAAAUGCAUAAGCACAGAUGAGAUUCCAAAGAUGGCAACUCCAUUCUAGACUCUUCUCUGGUUUUUCUUUUUUCUUUUCCCAAAUAUAUGCAUGGCAUUUAUACAGAGCCUCUCUCCAGGUCCCGAACAGCCUGGUCUGAUAGGGCUCAUUUUACAUUGCAGCUCCUGGGAUCUUUAGUACUCAAUGCAUGGACUCUGCUGCUGAGCUCUGAGCCAUCACUCAUGCAAUCUGCAUAAUAAUAAUAAUAAUAAUAAUAAUAAUAAUAAUAAUAAUAAUAAUUGUACCCUGCCCAUCUGGCUGGGUCUCCCCAGCCACUCUGGGCGGCUUCUAACAAAGAUUGGAAGCUUCUGAAAUGUAAAAAAAACGCUCGUGUCUAUAAUGCAUUCAAAUUAAAACCACAAGGGAAAUCUGGAGCAUAGAAACCUGUUUGUAUGUGGUCUUCCUCACUUGUCUUUCUCAGCUAUCGGCUCGUUCCACACCUUCCUCUUCCAAUCCCUGCUUCCUUCCCCCCCGAAAACCUCAUCAGCCUUGCUCCCCGCCCUUUCCUGUCUCUUUCAGUUCCUCCUCAUUCAAUUUGAGUUGUGGGGUAAGACUUGAGAAGGCUGCAGAAAUAAACUGGUCCUGUCUCCUACUUUACAGAGGACAGCAGCCCUUUGUUUGAAUGGCUCCUCUGUAGGAAGGUGUGUCCCGUCCAAGUGGCACAGUGAGCUAAUUCUAGACCCUGAACCCUAAUAGUCUUAAAAGAGAUCCCUUCAAUCAGGGGUGGGGAACCACCAGCCCAUGGGCCAAACCUGACCUGCCAGAGGUCCCAGUUUGGCCCAUGAGAGCUGUUUCCCCCCCAAACCAUGCCCAGAUGUGGCUUCACAGGAACUACUGGGAGCUUAAAGGAAAGUCCCGCUUGUUCUUUUGCCUGAAGCAAGAUGUGCUCCUGUGCCUUGUUUUGGAAGCAUUUUGUGGGCUGUACGAAGGAGUUCCUCUCCAUGUUGUUGAUACCUGCAAAAUCUGAGCUUCUAUCUCCGCCUCUAUCAGCUGAUUUUUGGGGGUGGGGUGGGGAGAAAGACACACUUUUCUAGCCCUUUGCUCAGUACUUCCCAAAAGGUCAAGCACUCCACACUGGGCAAUAGAUAUAGGACACAAUAUCGACCUAAACCUCUGGAAGAAACACUGGAAAAGAGAUUUGAAAUUUACCACACAUUAUUCUCUGAAAGAGAACUAUUUGAGAAUGAUUCAUAGAUGGUAUUUAGUUCCGAGUAGGUUGGCUAAGAUGUAUAAAGCUGAAUCAGAUACGUGUUGGAAAUGUAAAGAAAUGGGAGGAAUUUUUUUCGUAUGUGGUGGACAUGCAGAAAGGUAAAAGAAUAUUGGGAAAAGAUUUAUAAUGAGUUGAAAAAAAUGUUUAAAUUUACCUUCCCCAAAAAACCAGAGUCCUUUUUGUUGGGAAUAACCCAGACAGAAUUUCCCAGGUGCCAGAAGUUUAUUUAUGUAUGCAACAACAGCGGCCCGUGUUCUGUUAGCCCAAGAAUGGAAAGUGAGUGAGGUCCCAUGUAAAGAAGAUUGGCAACUUAAGAUGUUAGAACUUGCAAGCUUAACACACAGAAUAAGAGAGCAAGAAGAAUAUAUAUUUAAAGAAGAGUGGAACAUAUUUAUUGAAUAUAUGGAAAAUAAUUGUAAGCUGAAAACACUGGCAGCAUUCAACAGAGUAAACAAUAUUUGAUUGGUGUAAAAGUGGAAAAUUGAUUUGAAUGGUUAUAGUAAAAUAUGCAGGAAUGUAUGAUAUGUAACAUGAACCAUGAAAGGAGAAGAAGGGAAGUCACUGGAUAUUUUAAAGUUUGUAAAAAAAAUAAAAAUGUAAGAAACUGAAAACUCAAUAAAAAUUAUUUAUUAAAAGAAAUAAGCAAAGGGUCAAGCACCCAACAGUUAAGCUGGCUGUCGGGUGCUUGGGAACCUCACACAAGAGAUUUUGACAGGUGGGAGGAACAACCUGCCUGUCAGUCACAUGAAACCCCAGUGGUGUUACAUGAUUGACAAAUGGGCUAUUCUGCCCACCUGUCGACACUGGGCUGUGUUUCUCCACCUAACUGCUUAACUGGCCAUAUGUCAUAUGUCAUUGAAAAUUAACAUUUCUCUUCUCAGCCCCUCCCCAUCAUUCUAAUUUUUCAGCUAUGCCUAUAAAUUAUAUGUGCCAUCAUUUGUUAACUUUUUUUGAGUGAUGCAUUUCCUCCUUUUCCGGUGAUGCAUCAGUUGCUGCCCUCCUGCAGAUGUAUGUGGAUUUCAGACGUGAGAAAUGUGUCUGUCUGGUAGGAAGUGCCACUCCUUGUGGUAACCCUUCCUAAAACGGUUGUAGGCAGUUCUGCCCUCAACCAAUCCCCAGGCACAAAAUAGUGAGUGCUCCUGUCCACCAUAUUCCUUAGGAAUUCCUCUUGAUUGGAGCCCCAUUUUUUUUAAAGUUCUCACGCACCCCACUUGAAAAUACUGCUGGUUAAUUUGUUGUCUGGUUUAAAAGAGAAUUCACAGAUGCCAAGAUCCAUGUUUGGCACAAGUACUCUUUGGUAAGAGAACCCAAGCAGAGAUUUAAAAUUUUAAAAAAUACACAGCAAAGUAAAGCGUGGAAACAUAGGCUGGUGGAUCUUUAAAAUAUUCCUUUCUAAGAUGCUUCCUAAGUCCUCCUCUUCCCUUAGCAUAGAAAGAGACUACAUGUUUGGCAAGUUAAAAAUGGUUUGCAUACAAAAUCUUCAAAGAUCAGGUUCAUGUGCUUUCUCAUAUAGCAGUCAGAAAAAGACAGGCAGUAAAACUAAAGUUCUAAAGUGGUGAAUGGUUAUUUGCCUAGAAAUAAAAGGAUGGCUUGCAGAAAGCCAUGAAGCUAAGCUGGAGCAACCAGCUUAGCCUCCUUACUUGCAGGAGUGCAAAGGGUGUAAUGGGAAGAACGAAGGCUUGAUAACCCUUUCUCCCAAGAUAAGAGAGAGUGACCUAAGCCUGUCAGGACAGCUUACUCUGUGGUCUUAACCCCUCCAUGCAUUAAUUAGAGUUAAGCACGUUGGUUAUAUGGGACUGAGGAUCCCACAAAUACAUCCUUUUAUUCAUCAUAUGCUUCUGUCCUUCUAGAUUUGCUUACAGCUCUUUCUUUCUAGCUAUCUAUAUUUUCCUCUCUUAUCCAGAGCCGUCUUUCUCAUUGGACUUAGUGGUUCGUUGUGCCAGGGUGCUGGCCUCUCAGGGGUGCCCUGGUGAGUGGGGGAGCUGCGCGGCUUUACCAGCAGCCUCCCCUUUCCCUGCACACCUGCCAGCUGCGCCCCGCCAACUAUAUGGUUGGCGGGCAUGCAGCUUCCUUCCCAAGCCUCCACAGGAGGAGAGCGAUCCCCACAGAGGCUUAGGAUGGGAGCUGCACACACAGCUUCCCUCCCAAGCCUCUGCAUCUGCUAAAGAUGGCCCUGCUCCCGGUCGCUGUCCUCCUCCUGCUUCCUGGCAAAAGGAGGUGCGCAGCCUUCCUGGCUGCCUUCUCGGGCGGCCUGACACCAGAGAACAUGUCCUCCAGCACGUUUUCCUGCUUGAUCGCCACCACCACGCCAGGGAUCGGGGCGGUGGGGGAGGCAGAGGACAUUUUCCACCGCCCCCUCCCUUGUUUUGGAGUUGCUGGGGGGCGGCGGCAGAGGGAUCUUUGCACACGGCGCCGGAUAUGCUUAAGAUGGCCCUACUCUUAUCCAAUGUAUAUCAUGUUCAUUUCAAAGAGCUGGGGAAGGUUGAUAGCACAGUGGUUAGAGCAUCUGCUUUGAGUGCAGAAUGUCCCGGGUUUAAUCCCCAGGGCUGGGGAAAAGAUCCCUGUCCGAAAUCCCGAAGAGCCAUUACCAGUGAGUGGGGACAGCACUGAGUUAGAUAGACCAAGUGGUUUGACUCUGUAUAAGACAGCUUCCUUUUAUGUUACUAGCGAACAUCUUUUACAUUAAAGCAAUACUGUACAAAUCAAUUCACCAAAUAAAACUAGUUUGCAAGACUAGAGACAGGGUGCGGUCAGCUCCAGACCUUGUUAAACGCUGGAAAGGAAUUUUGCUGUGGGGUGUCCUGAGCCAAACAAGACACAAUGCCCUAGGAGACAUCCAUGAUGUGUAGCUCCACAUGAUCUGAGCAUGAAGUCCCCAACCCAUCAGAAGAAUUCACGGGUCCCUAAUUUAAAAAACCCAGGUGUUUAGAUAUUCUCUUACUCCUCUCUCUUUUCAGUGCAAUCUUCCAGGGGGGAAAAUGUUUUUAAAAAACUUUUCACAUUUUGUUCUCAGGUUGCUGUUCCGUGUUGCUCCACUACAUAUCACUAGCCAAGCAGGCCCUGCCCUCUGGAGUUCUGCCGCCAUGGAAACGCGAUCCCUUCUCAGGCAAAUAAUUGGCUACGGCAUGCCCUUUGGCGUCCUUAUUCUUUUGACCGUGGCUGCACAUGUUGAUGGGCAAGUUUCUGCUACUUCAGACACACGGCCUGUGGGGACCACCAUCUUUCCCCCCAUGUCAGCUUUCACAACUGAAAGGGUGGGCACAGAGCUUGCAACCUCACCCUCUCCAGCCAAGCCUUCAGCUCUCCCCUUGUCUCAGUCCACUGCUGCAGCUAAAAAACUGUCUCUAAAAACAGCCACUACAGAUACUAUUCUCCAAGAGAGCAGCACAGAUGAAGAUGCAACUAUCACCAACAAUACAUCAGGCCCCCAUCCCUCUACCGGCCCUGCGAUCAGCCUUACCACAGAAACAGCUGUUGUGGGACAAAAAUUUGCGAUCAGACCUACCACAGAAGCAGCUGUUGUGGGACAAAAAACUGGUACAACCAGUGGCGUGGCAAACCCUCUCAAUACAACAACAGCCCCUCUCGAGACUACUGUUGGGAGUACAUCUGGCAUCAAACCAAGGUCAAAUUCAAAACAGACUACCAAGGGUGAAGCACAGCCAAGUCCGAAGCCAGAACAAGAUGUGGUAGAUGACACCAAAACAAUGGACAACCGCACCCAUUGGCCUGCUCAGUGGCCCUCAACCACGACAGCUGUCCCCCAAACAACAAGCGCUGUCCUUGGCCCAAGAGCAAGUUCUGAGAACAACAGCCAGACUGGAAUAAUUGUGGCCGCUGUCCUCUGUGCCCUUCUGUUCCUGAUCCUCUUGAUUGCCAUCCUCCUUUGCUGGCGAAGGCGCCGCUCUGGCUCAACCAGCUUCAACGAGGGGUGGGCAGGCCAGGUGGCGCUGCCAGACGACUCGGCCUUGGAUCGGGAUGUGGAGCAAGGGGCAGUGCCUGCAAAGGAAGAGGAGACCAAGCGCAACACACUCAUCACGUUCUCCGGCAAGCGUCAGUCAAGGGUGCCUUCGGUAGCCAUGGAGGAAAUAGGCGAGAAAGGAGAGAGCGGGGAGAACCAGAAACUGCUUUGUGGAGAUGCUGGCGGAGGCUCCAGCCCAGAGGCUUCUGGGAAAGCAAAUGGUAGACUCUCAGAAUCCACCAUGCAGUCCUCUCAAGAGAUCGUGUUCCCUCCACCCCCAGCUAACCAGGAGUAGCCUCUUCCUCAACGACCAACGGAGGACACACUUCUUAUGCCCCUUUCUACCCCCCUUCCAGUAGAUUAGGACACUCCAUUGGCCCUGUUCCCAGUCCAUUCAGAGCUGGUGGAAGGGCGGAGGAGCCCAGGAGAGAAACGCUUGCACCAUCAGUGUUUCCGACCACAUCCUUUUUCCUGUUUGUAUGGUAUCUGCAAGGUAGAGACAGUGAUCUUAAACCAGGAGUCCUGGUUUCCCAGCCACCUUUGCCUUAGUCUCACCAAACCUCUUUUCCCUUCUAGAAGACAAGGGGUUUAAGCUGUUGCUUUUUCGCAGCUGUGCGGAAAACACCUUGGUGUGGUUGUACAGGUGGAAAAUCCAGGGCUUCAAAGAGGAGGGAGGUUGUGCUGGAGAAACAACGGCCUUUUAUUUGUAGCAGAAAGUCUUGGUUGCCAUUUUCAGAAAGAGGGUAAAUUGACGACAUCAAAUUUGCUGCAAUUUUCCACAACAUUGAAAAUGGUUGUGGGUGAUGAGCCCUAUUAUCAGAACCAGUUUGCAGGGGACUUUUAACGCAGAAGUGCGAAUAGGCUAGCCAGAUAUCGCAACCCUAUUCUUUAAAUCUAUCCAGGCCAGUGGGCAUGUAGGUUCAUAUGGACACUCUUCUCAUUUAAUGCAGGUACCAUCCCAAAUCUUUCCAACCAGACAGCUUACUGCUAUGUAUCAUAUCAAAAGUACAUCUUUUCAAGCAGCCAGUGAACGAACCCUUAUUAGCCAAUUCUCCAAGAUCUGUUGCAGGGUAAGCGGAGUAUAGAUGUUCAUAAUUUAAAGUAGACCACAAAUGGGAGGAGUGUAGCUGGAGUAAUGGGCAAUAUUUAUUUCUGGAUAACCAUUACAGUUAAGUGGGUUUUCAGGACCCAUUAUUACAGAUUGUUGCCUCUUAAUAUGCUUCGGUCAUUCUUUUGGACCAAUUAUCAAGGCGUUGGAGUGGGUGGGACGUGGGUUCUCCGUGAUUUAUUUACCCAGGAGUUGAUGUUUCUAACUCCCUUGGAGUGAGAGGCAACAAUUUCCUGAGAGGUAGAUACAUUAGUGUGCAGCAGCAAAAGCAACAAAGAGGCUUUAGGGCACUUUAGAGACAAAUGGAUUAAUAGCGGCACAAGCUUUUGUGAACUUGAAUCUUCUUUAUCUGAUGAAGUGGCUUCUAAUCCACGAAUGCUUAUGCCACAUACAAAAUUUGUUUGCCUAAGAUGAAAGAAGCCACACUGUUGUUUUGGCUGAGAUAACAUGUGGUAAUCAUCUCGUACUUAUUAGUACAAAAUAGUUAAUGAUACUUUUGUGAAUAGGCACUUAGGGAAACCAAACCAAAGAAUCUACAAAAGUUUUUUACUGGUUUUCUGAAAGCCAGUGUUAGGGCACCACAAGAUAGAUGCUUUAAAAUCCUCACAGAAUUACAGGUUCCAAAGUUCAUUGGAGGAGAAAACAUGGCAAUUAUUCUGGUUUUGGUCCAGUUUAGAUUUCUGCUGCAGGUCAUAAUCUGUGACAGUGUUUGCCCGCACAAGCCCCAAUGAAACAAAUAGAAAGAGCUGUGCAAGAGGCCAUCUGCCAUUUUCCCUACUUGUCUCUCCUCCAUUCACCCUCUGGAUAACCCUGUCUAGUGUUCACUAUAUGUUCAAUUGCUGUUUGUGUCAAUUUGUUGUGGUUUUUUUGCAGAGAUUUAUUUUUGUGUGUUGCCGUAUCAAAAUAUAUCAAUAAAGAAGUUUUACUUUGGUUUAAUUUUUUGGAGUGUGGUUUGGAACGAUGUCAAAACCCACUAUUUCAAUCAGUUCCGAGUGACAAUGUAGCUGACACACAGUACACCCAUCUUUUUAUAUUGUAUAAUACUAAAAUUCAGGUUACAGUGGUACCUCGGGUUACAGAUGCUUCAGGUUACAGUCGCUUCAGGUUACAGACUCCGCUAACCCGGAAGUACAUUGAAAACAAUUAAACAAUAGUUUUAAGCAUCCAUAUCCUGAUGAUUUGAACCUUUCAAAUCUUGCCAAUGAAGGUGCAAAAGUGAUCUAACAAAAGUUCUUCAUCUCAAAGAAAACAAAGGCGGCGUUCAGAACGCUGGAAUUAAUUGCUCUAAUCUCUGCUCGUGGUGUUUAUCUUGCAUGCAAUUAUUUUGCAGGACUCCUGGGCUCUCCUUAAUAGACACUGGUUGUUCAUCUGUAUGGGUACACAGGAGAAGGCCUGGUCCUGCGUUAGGGGCCUAAAUCAACCCUGGGGUUGAUUUGCCUGCCAUUAUUACAGGCUGGGGUGGGGCACAGUUUCAGGGUGGCGGUUGUAUGUACUUCUUACCUCUUGAUUGUGCUUUCAAUGAAGUUGUAACCCCUCCCUUUUGCUCAAAGUUGGUUAAAGGCUAAUUAAACUAAUGAGCGUGCUGUGGUUUAAAAAGAAAUGAAAUUAUCCUUCCUUCCCUGUGUAUGAAUUCAUUCUGCUCCUUCAUCUGAACUUCAUCCAAAUGAAGUUCCUUUGAUUCCAGAUCUUAAGGGAUUUCUUGAAGUCAUUAUAGGUAACUUGCUGCAGGGAAAUGGCUCAGGAAGCAUCUUGUUUUAUUCUCUCCUCCCCGCCCCUUUAAUUUUAUACCACUCUCAUCUACCACAAAAAUCUCUCUAGACUAAUUGGUACUCCCCGUUCGUUGAACCAGCAUGAGCUGUCACAAAUAAGCACUGCACUGAAAUGGUACAUUUU